CAGUAAAGAGAAACUUCUUCUCACAAGCAAAGAGCCACUUUUUAUGCUUUAUGUCAGUUGGAUUCAUUUAUUUUGUUAUUAAAAAAGUCAGAGAGAUCAUAUUUAGCAAAAAUGUCUACACUAUUUAUUUCGAAUGGCAGGAACUUCUGGACCUCCUCUUCCAAAACGACCAACAUUAAGGAAGGAUUCAUAUCAGUGGGAAAUGUAUCUCAAAGUAAAAGACAAGGGAGAUCAGUUGGCACGUUUCGAUAAUAAUUUUGAAAUUAUUAACGCAAAAAGUAUUGUGAAGAACAUUAAGAAUUUCCUCGAAUCAUUAAAGCUUUCCCAAGAUGAAACAAAGUCAAUUACUUCCGCAAUGCGAACUAUUAUAACAUUCUAUAGUAAGACGACAAUGCAACCCUUCGAAAAAAAUAAUGGAUGGAUUGAAUUACUACUUCCAUUGAUACAAAUGAAACAUCCCCUAUCGGUAGUUUAUAAUCUAUUCGAAGCUAUCCAAGAACGUCACAUCCCAUAUGCAGAUAACUGUGAACAUACUUUAAGACUUCUUUUUCUUUAUCAUGAUCCAGAAUUAGCACAGUUUAUUGUUCGAAAACGUGUAAGCUUCUAUGGUUUUUGCAAAAAGUGGACUUCAACGUUAUUUGCUGGCAUAUGUCAACAAGAACUUGUUAUAGCUUUAUGGAAAGCUUUAUUUAGAUAUGAUGAGCCAAUGAUUUUUUAUUUUGUGCUCGUCGUUGUGAUAAAUAAUAGGGAACAAAUUUUGAGUAUGAAAGAUGAGAACAAAGAUGUAAUAACAAGAACAAUCUCAUCUCUACCAAAAUUUAUCGAUACUAAGGAUAUUUUACAUUUUUUUACAACUGCAGAGUAUUAUAAAAAAGAAACGCCUUUUUCAUUCGAGUUUGAAUUUUUCAUACCUACUUUUGGUCCUCCAGAAAAGCAUGCUACUUUGACAGAAGCUGCAAGUUAUGUAUGUUUACCAAUAAUAGCGGAUGAACUAGAAGUGGAUGGAAAUAUUGUUAGAUCAAGGGAAAAUUCGAAAUCUAUUGAAUUUCUAGUGGUUGAUCUGAGGUCUGCGAAAGAGUUUGAAGCUGGUCAUUAUCCGAAUUCAAUAAAUUUAGACUAUUCUAUACAUUUUCAAAACCCAGCACUCUUUGCUGACAAAGUGGAAGAGCUACUGAACAAGCAACCAUUAGAAGCAGGAGAAUUAGCCUAUCAGUUUGAUAUACACUUUUGCUUUGUUACUAGUGGUCGCGAUGAAGAUGAUAGUCUUUUACUAACUUUUAUGGAUCCUAUUCUUGAAACACGAUUGAAAUUUAUAUGUAUAGUCAAAAAAGGAUAUAAAGCAAUCCAUGAUUUUUUUAAAGAUGAUCUUGAUAGAUUGCAGGAUCAUAAUCCUGAAGAAUGUUUAUAUUGUAAACCAAGUUCUCCAAAGAAACGCCUCAAACCAAGUGACGAAAAAGGUUUGUUUAACAAAUUAAAAAGGCUUCGUUACACGGAAAAAAGUUCUGACAAUCCUUUUCAGUCACGGUCUAGUAGUUCUCAAGCUGUUCGAGAUUUUCGAAUUGUAUCAAUCGAAAGACAUGUUGAUAACACACAAAUCAUGCAUUUUAUAACUUGCUUUCUCAUUUCUGAAUCUAAUCAGCAACAGAAAUGUUGGGUUUCAAUCACUCCAACUCAUUUUGAAGUUUUACGCGCAAUUAAGGAACGUCCUGAUUUAGCUUUUAUUAUUGUAAAACGUCCUUAUUCAGAAGUUUUAACAAUAUCUUCACCAUCGAACCAUCCUGAUAUAUUGAAACUAACAUUUGGUGAAAUGCAAGGGCAAAAGAAAAUAAUUUAUGAAAAACUGAAAUUCUUCAUUCCGCAUUUACCAGAUAUUGAGCUCAUUCGAAAUGCAGUUGUCUCAGACAUGAGAGCUUCUACUUCUUAAAUAUCAUAGCAUAUAAAUUUCUUCUUUAAUCAAAUAUUUAUUGAUAAUAUAUUUAUGUAGAGUAUUUUGUAUUUUUGAACAAUAAAUUUUGUUAGAUUUUUACUAGAACA